CUAUGGUAGCGGUAGCAGCGGCAGUGACUGCUAUGGUAGCGAUAGCAGCGGUGACGGUGGGUGCUUCGAUUUCGACCUCGACGGCGCCCCCGGCAGCGAAGUUGACAGCGAGGACGCCGCCGCUAGCGAUGUGGACGGUAGCGAAUGCAGCUGGAGUCUCCCCUCCUUGUGGGAAAGGGAGGCAGCGAUAGAGGCCAGGAGAGAAUCGAUCCCUUCCCCGUAUGCUCCACCGGGCAGAGAUGUCCCCCCUCUCAGGAUCACGGGCAUUGUGUGGGAGCGCAGCACGCUGGGGAAGGUUUCCUUUGGCUGUCCCGAGCUGCCGGAGGCGGCCUUCGGGGCCGCGGUGAUCGAGCCCUUGCACGGGGCGGCCUGCACGUCCACGCUGAAGCGAAUCACCCUCAGCUCGAAGAACUCUAACCUUCCCCCGACGACGGCGA